GAAUGUCUUUCUUUUAAAGGGAGAAAAGCAACUUUUUUUUCUGAGCUGUGAAGAAACUAGAAAUUGGUAGAGUCUUCAUUCAAGAUUUCCCUGUGAAAACUGCGUUGAUGCCAUUCAUAUAAGAAACGUGGAGUCCUGAAUAAACAGAGAGAAGAGAGUUAAGCACACACUCUGUAUUGCAAACACUUACCCAGGGGUUAAAAUGGUGAGUGAAAGUCAUCAUGAGGCCCUGGCAGCACCCCCAGCUACCACAGUAGCAGCAGCCCCUCCAAGCAAUGUCACUGAGCCAGCCAGUCCCGGAGGAGGGGGAGGAAAAGAAGAUGCAUUUUCUAAGUUAAAAGAGAAGUUCAUGAAUGAACUGAACAAAAUUCCACUGCCACCUUGGGCCUUAAUAGCCAUAGCCAUAGUUGCAGUCCUAUUAAUCCUUACCUGCUGCUUUUGUCUCUGUAAGAAAUGCUUGUUCAAAAAGAAGAACAAGAAGAAGGGAAAGGAGAAGGGAGGAAAAAAUGCUAUUAACAUGAAAGAUGUUAAAGAUUUAGGGAAAACCAUGAAAGACCAGGCUCUUAAGGAUGAUGAUGCUGAGACUGGGCUGACUGAUGGGGAAGAGAAAGAAGAACCAAAAGAAGUGGAGAAGUUAGGGAAAAUCCAAUAUUCUUUGGAUUAUGACUUCCAGAACAAUCAGCUUCUGGUUGGAAUUAUUCAAGCAGCUGAGCUGCCUGCAUUAGAUAUGGGUGGUACAUCUGAUCCCUAUGUGAAAGUUUUCCUGCUGCCUGACAAGAAGAAGAAAUAUGAGACAAAAGUCCACAGAAAGACCCUUAACCCUGUUUUCAAUGAGCAAUUUACAUUCAAGGUGCCAUACUCCGAGCUGGGUGGAAAAACUUUAGUGAUGGCAGUUUAUGACUUUGAUCGUUUCUCCAAACAUGAUAUCAUUGGGGAGUAUAAGGUUGCGAUGAACACAGUGGACUUCGGUCAUGUCACUGAGGAAUGGAGGGACUUGCAAAGUGCAGAGAAGGAAGAGCAAGAAAAACUGGGUGAUAUUUGCUUCUCCCUCCGUUAUGUGCCUACUGCUGGCAAACUGACUGUCGUCAUUCUGGAGGCAAAGAACCUGAAAAAGAUGGAUGUUGGUGGACUAUCAGAUCCCUAUGUGAAGAUCCAUCUGAUGCAGAAUGGUAAGAGGCUGAAGAAGAAAAAGACUACAAUUAAAAAGAACACUCUGAAUCCCUACUACAAUGAGUCUUUCAGCUUUGAAGUACCAUUCGAGCAAAUUCAGAAAGUGCAGAUUGUUGUGACUGUUUUGGACUAUGACAAGAUUGGCAAGAACGAUGCCAUCGGGAAAGUCUUUGUGGGCUACAACAGCACCGGAGCGGAGCUGCGGCAUUGGUCAGACAUGUUGGCCAACCCCCGGCGGCCCAUCGCACAGUGGCACACCUUACAGCCCGAGGAGGAGGUAGAUGCCAUGCUGGCAGUCAAGAAGUAAAUUAAAUUAAAUUAAAUUAAAGUAGGAAGAAGAAAAUGAAGAAGAAGCCUUUCUGCAUUUGCCCACAUAGUGCUCUUUAGCCAGUAUCUGUAAAUACCUCAGUAAUAUGGGUCCUUUCAUUUCCAGCCAUGUGUUCCUGACACAGAUCAGUUGUACUUUUAAAUGCCCGUUUUAAUUUGCACAAAUUUAAAUGUAGAGAGCCCUCUAAAGGCGCUUCAUUUCACCACUGCUCCCCAGAUCUACUCUUCUUUUAAGCAAUAUGAUGUGUAGAUAGAGCAUGACAGAAAUUAUUUAUUGUAUCACACAGUUGUAUAUAUACACCAGUAUGCUGAGAAUUUAUUUCUAGUUUGUGUAUUUGUAUGUUGUAAGCGUUUCCUAAUCUGUGUAUAUCUAGAUGUUUUUAAUAAGAUGUUCUAUUUUAAAUUAUGUAAAUUGAUUGAGAUAUAGGAGAGCUGAUAAUAUAUUAUAGGGUAACUACUGUAUCGUCUGCAUUCCAGAAAAAAAAACAAAAAUCCAAC